AUAAAUAUGGCCAUGCUUUUUCACAUGAACUCCCAACCAAACAGCAAAUUUUCUGCCUUCACCAAACAAUAAUGGCAGUGGUGGAAGAGAAGGGCGUUAGAGAUGGGUUAGACGAUUUCACCCAAGAUGGGUCAGUUGAUCUCAAAGGUCAGCCCAUCUUACGAUCCAAGGGUGGGAGAUGGACUGCAUGUUCUUUCAUUGUAGCGUACGAGGUGUUUGAGAGGAUGUCUUAUUAUGGAAUAGCAACGAACCUAAUCCUGUAUUUGUCAAAUAAGCUCCAAGAAGGCACAGUCACUGCAUCAAACAACGUUACAAAUUGGGUUGGCACCGUUUGGAUGACACCGAUACUCGGCGCAUAUAUUGCAGAUGCACAUCUCGGCCGAUACUGGACUUUCGUUAUUGCAUCCUGCAUUUAUCUUGCGGGCAUGUCGUUGCUGACACUAGCCGUCUCGAUUCCAUGGCUAAAGCCACCGCAUUGCAAUGGUCCCUGCGAACCAAUCUCUACGUAUAAAGCGGUCGUGUUCUACUUCGCACUCUACACAAUUGCAGUGGGGACAGGUGGGACCAAGCCCAACAUAUCAACCAUGGGUGCAGACCAGUUCGACGAUUUUGAGCCUAGAGAGAGGGUCCAGAAGCUCUCAUUCUUCAACUGGUGGAUGUUCAGCAUCUUCUUUGGGACACUCUUCUCCAACACAUUCCUUGUUUAUAUACAAGACAAUGUGGGCUGGGCCUUGGGUUAUGGGCUUCCCACAUUUGGGCUUGCUCUCUCACUCCUGGUUUUUCUAGUGGGCACUCCCUUUUAUAGGCACAAGCUGCCCUCUGGGAGUCCCUUUACCAAGAUGGCUAGGGUCCUUGUCGCUGCCCUAAGGAAAUCGAAGGUACCCGUCCCUACCAACCCGAAAGAGCUUCAUGAGCUGGGCCUUGAGGAAUAUGCCAAAGCUGGGAAGUUUCGGAUAGACUACACGCCGUCUUUGAGGUUUCUCGACAAGGCGGCAGUAAAGACCGGUCUGGCCACGCCAUGGAUGCUAUGCUCAGUGACCCAAGUGGAGGAAACCAAGCAAAUGAUCAAAAUGCUCCCGAUUUUGAUCGUGACAUUCAUACCAAGCACCAUGAUCGCCCAAGUCCACACCCUCUUUAUCAAACAGGGGACCACUUUGGACAGACACAUGGGACCCAAAUUUGAAAUCCCUCCAGCCAGCCUAACUGCCUUUGUAACCAUCUUCAUGCUGAUCAGCAUCGUGAUCUAUGACCGAUAUUUCGUCCCGGCAAUCAGGAAGUACACCCACAAUCCUAGAGGGAUCACAUUGUUGCAAAGGAUGGGGAUUGGCCUAGUGAUGCAUGUGAUCAUCUUGACCAUCGCAGCCAUCUUCGAAAGGAAGAGGCUAGAAGUCGCGAGGAACCACGGCAUCACACAGCCCAAAGGGGUAGUCCCUCUCACCAUCUUCAUACUCCUGCCACAGUUCGCGUUGACGGGGAUUGCCGACGCGUUCGUGGAAGUGGCCAAGAUCGAGUUCUUCUAUGAUCAGGCGCCACAAGGAAUGAAGAGCUUGGGAACAUCAUAUUUCACUACUAGUUUGGGAAUUGGAAAUUUUCUUAGUAGUUUCCUACUUACAACAGUAACUGAUAUAACUAAGAGGAAUGGUGGGAAUGGGUGGGUGCAAAACAAUUUAAAUAUCUCUCACUUGGACUACUAUUACACGUUUUUGGCUGUGAUUACUGCUCUGAACCUUGUUUGUUUCGUGGUUGUUGCAAAAUCAUAUUCUUAUAGUGUUGAUAUUAUUGAAUCAAAGAUAGAAUUGCAGGACUCGGGAUUGCCUAACAAGGCUGGUAUUGAAGAGAAUGCAAGCAUGGAGGAUGAUGGAAAUAGCAGGAAAAACCUGUUGUAGUUUAGUUUGUGUUUUGUUUUGGGAAUAGUAAUAUAAAUGAAAUCCUGAAAGC